AUGAAGAAUGUACCGCAAAGGUUUCUGCUCGAUGAAGUCCCAGCCAGGUUUGACUCUCAGAAGCCAGUGCAAGAGGAGCCUGCAAGGCUGGACCCUAGUGAGGCUGUUGAAGAGCCUGAGGGUUCCCAGUCCAAGCAGGCCUUUGAGAAGCCUCUGACUUUGAACUAUCAUAAAGUUGAAAAGCCUGAGCGCAAGCCUACCGUGCUUGAGUGGCCGCCGCAGUUGGCGACCAACAGUGUGGUGACUUGGUGUCUGGUCCGUGUGAACGUGAAGCAGGACCUGCUGGGGAUUGGCCGGCUCAUACAGCCACAGCGUAUCACUCUAGGAGGUUGUGCUGCCACUGAGGAGGACGCUGACGCUCAUGUGAUCACCUUUGAAUCAGAGCUGCAUGGCUGUGGCAGUGAGCUGACGAUGACUGAGGAUGUGCUGAUCUACACCUUCACUCUUGCCAUAGUCAGCAAUGCCCUGAAGCCAACCUGGAUCCCCAACAUUUCCAACAUGGUGCCAGAGGAACUCCUCUACUUCUCCCUGAGGUUCAUGACUGCUGACUGGCAGUUUGAGAGGCCCUCCAACCAUUACUAUCUUGGUGACAUCAUCAACAUGGAAGCCUCGGUCAUGCCGUACCACCACGUUCCCCUCCGUGUCUUUGUGGACCGCUGUGUCGCCACCUUGGCGCCUGAUGUCCACAUUAUCCCUAGAUAUUCUUUCAUUGAGGACCAUGGGUGUCUGGUUGAUGCCAAGUUGACCGGCUCCAGCUCCCAGUUCCUGUCCAGAUCCCAGGAUGACAAGAUCCAGUUUCAGCUGGAGUCCUUCAGGUUCCAACCACAGAAUGAUUCCCAACAGCUCUACAUAACAUGUCAUCUGAAAGCAUCUGCAGCCUCUUCCCCCAUUGAUGCUGAGAACAAGGCCUGCUCUUUCACAGAUGGCUGGAAGGCUGCAGGUGGAGAUGACCUGGUUUGUGGCUGCUGUGACUUCCGCUGUGCUGUGAGGAAGGCUGGAGAUCUGGACAGUGAUUCAGGCACCACUCCGCCCCGGGUACAACUGUACUCUCUAUCAGUUCCGGUGACCAAGGCUAUAGAGACCUACAUUGAGGACUCCCUAGCUGCAGGGUUCAUCCGUCCUUCUGCCUCCCCUGCCGUUGCAGGGUUCUUCUUUGUGGAGAAGAAGGACAAAACCCUGUGCCCGUGCAUCGACUUCCGCGGUCUCAACAACUUCACAGUUCUCCAACACAUCCUGGAGAACCAGCUUUUUGUAAAAGCAGAGAAGUGCAAAUUCCAUCGCUCAACCAUCCCCUUUCUGGGUUACAUCAUCACUGCAGGGAGUGUACAGAUGGAUCCCGGAAAGUUACAUCCCUGCGCCUUCUUCUCCCACCGCCUCAAUGCCACGAACAGGAACUACGAUAUGAGGAAUCGUGAGCUUCUCGUGAUGAAGAUUGUGUUGGAGGAGUGGAGCCUGUCCUCCGGGUUCCACCCCGAGUCCAAUCGCCAGUUGGAGAGAGCCAACGAAGACCUGGAGACGACUCUGUGCUGCCUGGUCUCAGCCAACCCCACCACCUGGAGCCAGCAACUAGUGUGGGUCGAAUACGCCUGCAACACUCUUCUUUGCUCUGCCACGGGUCUAUCGUCCUUUGAGUGUUCCCUGGGGUGUCAGCCCCCGCUCUUCCCUGAGCAGGAGUAA